AUGUCCAGCAGCAGCCGAGUUACUUGUGAACAUGUGGCCCGAGAAGCUCGGCUAAGACAAGUAUUUGAACUUGAUCAACUACAACGGGUGUUGCUACAGCUACAUCAAUCACUUGAAGUCAGAGCUGGGUGUGCCUCAGAGCAUUCCCGAGGGACGGCGUCCAAUGUGAAUAGCUUCACCUUUGGAGCAUACUCUCACGGAGCGUUCCAUGGAGUGACCAAGAUCACUGACCAACACCGUGAGCUGGUUCAGUACGUCAAUGAUUGGAGUGGAUUUCGCAUUGGUUUGUCAGCGUUUACCACGCGACUUGCUCCAGAGCUUCCCAGACCUCAAGUACAACAACUACAAAAGUUUGGGUUUCCUCUGUUCAAGGCAAGUCAGAUGCCUCAUGGACUACAAGUGAGCCAAGAGCAAGAAGAGACAGGACAGAGUCCACUUCGUGAUGUACCACAAGCAGAGGUUGAGGCGUGGAAGGCCAAAGUGAGUAAGAUACACCGGGCCGCGGGGCAUCCGACCAACAAGAACCUGGCGCGGAUCAUCAAGGACGGUGGCCAUGAAGAGUGGAAGAUUCAAGUUGCUCUUGAUCAUCGGUGUUCCGCGUGCGAAUCACUACGACCUGGAGGUACCAGCUCAGGAAACAUACCCCCAGCGACUACUACGCCCAUGUACAAAGCUUGGCAGGCAGUGACGGUGGAUGUGGCCGAGUGGAACAUCCCUGGUUCAAGAAGGAAGGCCAAGUUUGCCUUGUUCAUGGACAUGGCGACAAAGCUUCGAGUUGUGCAACCACUACUGAUCUACGAGGUGCUGGCCAUGCAAGCUGAAUCGACGGAUGAGGUGAUUCAAGCCUUCGCUGAGCGCUGGCUGGGAGUUUUUCCAAAACCUGAGGUGGUGAUCUUUGAUGCCGCUUACAGCUUUGCCUCUGAAAAGAUGCAUGACUUUCUGUCGUCAGUGAACAUUCAACCGCACUACAUUGCCGACAAGGAAAGUUGGGCACAUGGUGUUUCCGAGGCGGGAGUUCAAGACAUGAAGCGGACAGCCACAGCUAUUCACCUGGAUUCACUUGAACAGCAUCCCUUCGUGACUUUGCAGUUGACUGCGGCAGCCCUGAAUGCCACGGAGUACACAGCGGGGUAUUCAGCAUUUCAAUGGGCCUUCGGACAAAACUACAACGUGUCCGAUGAAGACGUGAGAACCUAUGCCAGCACCCCGGACGAGCAGCGCGGUGAGUUCACGAAGUUGGUAACUCAACGACAGAAGGCCGAGGAGAUUGCAUUGAAGACCCGAUCUCAGAGAAUCCUCACAAAACUCUCCAACUCUACUGUCCGCCAACCUCUUCGAACCUUCAAGGAGAUGGACCUGGACGUCCUCACUGGAUUGGACCCGGAAGAGUUGUUUUUCAUGAAGUUCUGCCUCAACAAACUGAAGGAGACCACAGAAGACAUAUUGCGAGAGUAUACCGAUCUACUAGAUGAAGAGCCCGGUGAAACAGAGCGUGAACUACCUGAUCUACCACCACAACCGAAUGCAACAACCACGGUGGCACCAACCCGAAGGGUGACACGAAAGACAACUGUGACCGCUGUGCCACCCGCUGUGCCUACUGUUGAGGACUCAUCUGAUGAAGGUGAAGGAGAUCCUGCCGCAUCACAGUCCAGCAAGCAACCACCCAGAACCGACGUGAACGACUACGAUGCGAGUGAGUCAAAGCGCGCUCGAAAGGACGAGAACUGGGUGGAGGUCUUGUACAAGGAGGUGGAGAUGGAAUCCAAGUUCGACCUCUACGAUGCCAUGGCCGAGACAGAGCUCUUCUUGAAGGUUGAGUUUGAUCUGGAG